AUGUCGAGUCAAACAACAACACAAAUCUCCGAGGUCGAGCAGCUUCGCCUCAAGGCUUCCAACAGCCCCGUCAAUGACUGGCAAACCGACCUAGCCAGAGACGGAUAUGCCGUUGUCAAAGGAGCUGUUGCAAAGGAGAAGGCUGCACAAUAUGCCGAGCGCAUGUAUCAAUAUCUAGAGGGCUUAGUCAGCGGCCUCGGAUUCGACAGAAACGAUCGCUCCACAUGGACAUCAGAGCACCUCCCUGAGAUCAACAAUAAAGGCAUGUGUCUCGAUUACGCCAUCGCACAUGAAGAUUUCGUCUGGGACGUGCGAUCAGAACCUGGUGUCGUAGGCGCAUUCGAGCAGUGGUUGAAGACAGAAGAUCUGAUCGUGUCCUUCGAUGCCGUCAACUUCGGCCUUACUGGUCGCAAGGACUUGGCCCCUAACACACCAUGGCCCCAUCAAGAUCAGGACCCCACCAAGAAUGGCUUCCGCUGUCUGCAAGGUCUUGUUAACAUCCUUCCUAACGGACCUAACGACGGAGGCCUCAUUGUAUGCAAGGGAGCUCACCUUGUCAGCGAGCAAUUCCAUAAAGAAAUGGCGUACGAAAAAGAGAAUGGCACGGCAAUCCCAGCCUGGAACCCGGAGUGGUACGGUUUCACCGACGCCGGCAUGAAGUGGUUGGCAGACAAGGGUCUCGAAUGGGUCAAGGUGUCUGGCGAGCCCGGCGACCUUUUGCUCUGGGAUUCGAGAGUACCACACUACAACCUGAGUUCUACCACCGACCAAAACCGCUUCUGCAUCUACACUUGCUACAUGCCUGUGGCUGAUGCAAGUCAAGAAGAUUUGAAGCGUAAGAAGAUUGCAUUUGAAGGCUGGUUCGGUACCACACACUGGCCUAACUGUCAGGUGAUGGGACGCAACUCCGCAAAGAGAAACGGCACACUAGACCCUUAUAACAGGACCGAGCCUGUCAACAAGCCUCAAUUGAGCGAGCGCGCGUACCGCCUUACUGGUAUCCCAUACAUCAAGGCAGAGGCAUGA